AUGGCGAUGCGUCAUAAGAUGCUCGAUCUACUUAUUCCAAUCCCAACCACUGUAGAGACUGUUGCAGGGACAGACAGUUAUGGCAAGGAGGUCAUGCCACCCGUUCCUUUGUCAUUUGAUCGAAUCAAUGAAGGCCGACCGCCGUCAUCAAACGCUCCCCUUUUCGAACUCCCCCUGGAGAUCCUGUGGCGGAUCCUCCUGUACGUGCCCAGCGACAGCCUUGCCUCGCUUGCCUUUGUUAAUCGCGAUUGUCGCCAAUUGGCACGUUCUCGCCAGUUCGUCAGCGUCUCUCUUAAUUACAGCACAACCAGUAUGCGCUUGUUGGAUCAUCUCUUACACGAAGGAGGCCAACGCUACGCCAAUAACGGCCGGACUAUCUUGCCAUCAAUAGGAGCCUGUGUCCGACAGUUGAGAGUAGCAACGGAGCCUGAUUUGGUUGUAAGGGGACAUGAUCUUGAACCGGACGAUUAUUCUGAUGAUGAGAGAGACUCCAAAUGGAAUGAUGCGCAUUCUGCGUUCUAUGGCGCCUAUCUCCCAACCAUACAAAACGUCGUGUCCUGUUCGCUGCCUAAUCUCAGACUGUUGAUCUGGGAGGACAAUGUCCAAGUCGACGAGUGUUUCUUUCAUGACAUCAUGAAAUCUCCUAUUCAAUACCUGAAACUGCGCCACAUCAAAGUUGCGGAAGAAUAUCAAGUCAGUUUACCUCCAAAGUUAACUGGACGGGCAUGGCCGUUACAAUCUCUGUAUCUAGCGCUCUCCUGGACGUGGCUGGGUGAGAGCCCUGUGCGUUCCACCCUGCCCCUGUGCAUUAGCCUUCUGCGACUAUGUGCGGCAUCCUUGGAAUCGCUUGUUUGGGUGGGGAGUCUCACAGAAGCCGAGACCAAGUGUCACGUCGAAGGCUGGGAUUUAAGUCUUCCCCCAUUCGAGAGACUCCGCGACCUUCAGAUGCCAUUCCUGGGUCCGAUUAUUUCGGGGACCAGGGUUCUCGAAGCUCUGAUUCCUCCUGAGGGACAAUGUUAUCUUCGCUCAUUGUCAGUGGAUCUGGACAAUCCUAGUUUUCACGGCUAUCUAAGAAAGCGCGGUAGAAUCACAUCUCUCCAAAGACUUGUCGUGGAAACUUUGGGUCCAGCAAAUGGGGCGUUUGACUUUCUCAAGGCCAAUGACCAUGUGUCCACCCUGUCAAUACUCUACUACAGAACCUCUUCCGACAUACUCACUAACCGGCUACUGCCUAUUCUAUCUCGCUCAUUCACCAACUUAACCUCGCUCCGUCUUACGUGGAAGAAGCCGCGUAUUCCCGCCGAAGCUCUCAGGUACAUUAGUACUCUGAAGAGCUUGGAACAGAUCUAUCUGAGCGCAGGAAAUCAAGACGGGUACCAACCGAACUGGUUGGUUGACCAUGCAGCCAUGCGACAGACAUUCUCCCAAUUGCCUAACCUGAGAAAAUUCGCAUUUGCCUAUGACACCUACGACAAUGGACAGCCUGAGAGCGAUGUGGAGUUCUAUUACGAGGACAUGGGGAUCCCAGAAGCAUUGGCGGAAGUUAUCAAUGACGCGCGGGGUCGGUUCAUCAGGGGAGAGCUGGAGCUUAUCGAUGGCCCUUUCACCGAGCUGGUCGAGAAAGCGUGGGAACGGAUCCAUCUGAGGAAGAUGCUCUCCGAGGCGGAUAAAUAUCUCCAGGAGAUGCCUGACAAUCAUCUGGGGUGGAUGUACUUUGGUCAGAUCCCGAUGGGCGUGAAAUCCGUUGACGGGCAGAGAAAGGCAUAUCCACUGUCACCGAAGAGGGAUAAUUGCGCGACUUUUCUCGAGAAGAUGUUCAACUGGAAGACCUAUGAGAUUGUGUAA